AUGUAUAGUGACAAUGGCACUAACUUCGUUGGUGCGGAGAAGGAACUUCGCAACCUAGCGAAGGAAAUCAACGAUAGAAUGGGAAGAGAAGCAGCCAGUGAGUUCCAGAUAGAAUGGCACUUUAAUCCUCCAUCGGCACCACACUUCGGCGGACUAUGGGAAAGGCAAAUUCAGACCAUCAAAAAAGGUCUGAGGCAGAUGAUGGAAGACUGGAAGCUGCGCAAACCGUCGCCAGAAAGAUUGACCGCUACGCUGCUGCAAAUUGAGUUUAUAUUAAACUCAAGACCCUUGACUCAUAUACCAGUGGAUAACAAAGAGGAGGAAGUACUAACACCCUUUCACUUCCUUUUAGGGCGAAGCGGUAGCGCUAUACCGCCGUGGACGCUCUCAACCUCCAGCAUCGACCACAAGCAGUUCAAACUAGUCCAGCAUAACGCGAAGCUAUUCUGGGACAAGUGGAAGGGGGAGUAUCUGCCUACGCUCCUAAAAAGGGAUAAGUGGACCAAUAAGGUGGUGCCAGUGAAUGAAGGUGAUGUCGUUGUACUGACUGAUGACAACGCUCCUCCAGGAUCUUGGAUAAAAGGUCGGGUGAAUAAGGUGCAUCUUGCUAAGGAUGGACAGGUCCGAUCUGUUGAGGUGAAUACCUUAAAGGGAAUUUUAACUAGACCAGUGGUUAAAAUAGCAGUGGUAGACGUGAAGGAUAAGGAGCACUUGCUCAUCACAAACCCAGCCAAAAGGAAGAUUAGUAUGGCACAAUACCUUAUCACGAAACGAAACAAAAUGGAGGAUACAACAAAUCAGCAGUAA